AUGGUCUCUACUAUCUUCAGUCAACAAUAUACAACACUGUCUACUACUCCGGAACGCAGGCCACAGUCUAUUCCAAGACAAACGCCACAAAACUCGCCCUUCAGUUUAUCUCAACACGAAGAUCCAUUUUCAGAUUGCUUCCAAACAUUACAACGCGUACAUAGUCAGGAAAGCACUACGUCGAAUCUCACCAAGGAUAACAGUCAUAGCGAAGAGUUAAUAGGCAACAAAGUUGAUAGAGAAGACGUAGAAUGUGAUAAAAUAAUUAUGGCAUUAAGUUACAGAAGAAAUACGCUGGGAUGCUCAUAUUAUAAUCCAACUAACUUGAAAUUGUAUCUGAUGGAAGAUCAGCAGGAACAUCCUCCAUUUGAUCUUCUUUCUCUUCUUCUGUCUCAAGUUAACCCAUCUGUAAUUCUCGCUAGCUCCAUUGCGGAUGACACAUUCACUUCCGCUCUGUCGCGUUUGUCUCAUUCGUAUUCUGCCGUGUCACCAAAUUUGUCUAUAGAAAUAAGACCGAACAUUGAGUUUAAUUACUCAUCAGCCAAAAAUAAGCUACUCAAUAUUGGGCUGAAAAAUGGGAAACGUCUGCAGACAAGUGACACCGCUGAUAACAGGAAAGAUGUGUUUUUAAAGCUGUCAAGCGCAAUAGACAUGGAGAGCGAAGAAAGUGUGUGUUGUGCCGGAGUAGUUCUGAGUUGUGCCAAACGAUUGCGUUUGGAAGAAGUCGAAGAAAACGAGAAUGAUUUGACAUUAGAAGUAUUGGGAAUUGAGCAAUUCUCAUUGAAGAACAUCCUGCAGAUAAGCCAAGACGCGCUUCAAUCACUUCAAAUAUUCUCAUCAGAAUCACAUCCGAACGUUCAUCUUCAUAAUUAUGCAAAGGAAUCAAACUCACUCUUCUCUUUGUUGAAUUUUACACGCACAGCCUUAGGCAAACAUCUCCUUAGACAAUGGUUCCUUCGUCCUACUCUCUCUCUUUCCGUCAUCUCUUCUAGACAUCGUGCCAUUGAAUGUUUCCUAGGCCCGGCCAAUUUCGAUAUAGCUGAGCAAUUACCUCACUGCCUGAGACAUGUAAAAAAUGCCCCUAAGAUACUUGAGAAGAUGAAAGGAAAAUUGGAUGUUAACAUGUGGCAAGUUCUGAUGAAAUUUAGUUAUUAUUGCUUGAGGAUUAGAGAACUAGUCAAGGAAAUUCAAUGGAGAGGUGAAGGAAAGGUAGAAAUUAUAGAAAGAAUUAAGGAAGAGUUCAAACCACAGGAGCUUAAGGAUGUGGGGACCAUCAUCAACAACGUGAUCGAUUUUGAUGGAAGUGCGAAGGAGGGCCGAAUACUUGUUAAACUCCGUGUUGAUGAGGAGCUCGACUACAUGAAAAAGACCUACGAUGGUCUUGAUGAUUUCUUGUCGGAAGUGGCUACAGACAUCAGCGCUGCUAUUCCGCCACAGUUUGCAUCAACCUUGAAUGUUGUAUACUUUCCUCAGCUUGGAUAUCUAAUUGCUGUGCCAAUGAAAUCCGAAUGGAAGUAUGAAAAGGACUUCGUUGUUGAUGGAUUAUCCUACCAGUUUAGUACAGUGUCUACAGUAUACUACAAGAAUAAUCGCAUGAGAGAACUAGAUGAAUAUCUGGGCGAUAUUCACGGGCUCGUUGUUGAAGUGUGUGCAGAACUAGACUGCCUAUUGUCCCUCACCACUGCAGCACGCAAGUACAAAUACUCUUCACCAACAAUGACCGAAGAGAACAUAAUCCAUGUUAAACGCGGGAGACAUCCACUUCAAGAAUUGUAUGUGGACGUCUUUGUAGCCAAUGAUACGUCGCUUGUUGGUGGUAUGGGUGUACGCGGUGAUUUUGACUCUGAAAAUCGGGAAGAGAGCGCUGACAGAAGCAUUAUGCUGUUGAGUGGGGCCAACUGCUCAGGGAAAAGUGUCUAUCUAAAGCAGAUAGCUUUGAUUGUUUAUAUGGCACAUAUUGGCAGCUUUGUUCCAGCUCAAUUGGCGACUAUUGGCCUAACUGAUAAGAUAUUUACCAGAGUGCAAACAAUAGAAACCGUCUCCAAAAUUCAGUCCGCAUUUGUCAUAGAUCUUCAACAGAUCUCAAUUGCGAUCAGAAACUCAACUGAGCGAUCUCUUUUGAUAUUUGAUGAAUUUGGAAAAGGAACUGGAUCAACAGAUGGAGCAGGUUUGUUCUGCGGAGUGAUCGAGAAUUUAUUGAAGCGUGGCCAAGGAUGCCCUAAAGUCGUGGUCGCAACACAUUUUCAUGAAAUUUUCGAGAACAAUUUGUUAGAUACGAAUCUCCCGAUUAUGAUGAACGCAAUGGAGAUUGUUCGUGACGAAAAGUCCGAAGAAUUAACUUUCCUCUAUCGACUCGUCCCAGGACGCAGUAUGACAUCUUGGGGUUCCUUUUGCGCGCAUAUGGCAGGAAUUCCAGCAGCUAUUGUCGCCAGAGCCUCUCAUCUAUCCCAGCUCUUUGCACGUUAUGAAUCAGUGCCAUAUUCAUGUUUCAGCAACCGUAAUGGUCAAGAAUAUGUUAAACUGGAGACUAUUGCACGUAGAUUUGUUGAACUGGACUUUGACGGCGGAUGUGAUAUCGAAUCAUUUCUGGAUUUAGUUGGAAGAGAAAUUGAUUGGUGA